AUGCAGUCGUGGAGAGGCAAGUCCCUCUGGCUGGCACUCUCGGCCUCUUGGCUCCUCGUCCUCCUGAGAGUCUUCCCCCUUCUCCGCCUGGCAGUGCCUGCCAGACCUUGGGCAAGUGCCCCCCAAGGCUGGCCCCGCUGGCUGGAUACAGAGCUCCUGCCGAGUUUCUCCCAGCCUGGGGAACUCCCAGAAGAUGCCCCUCAACCUCCUCAAGCACCCCGUGGUGGCGGCUGCGACUGGGGGGCUUGCUUUGACGCCUCGAAGUGCAGGACUGGUGGUCUCAAGGUAUUCGUGCACCCGGUGGCUGGACCCAUCUCUGCCGCUCACCGCAAGAUCCUGGCUUCCAUUGAGAGCUCCCGCUACCACACGGCCAGCCCUGAGGAGGCCUGCCUCCUCCUCUUCCUCAGCCUGGAAGUCCCAGCUGGAGAGUGCAGCCCAGUGCCCCAGCAAUGGAAUGGGGGAAGGAACCAUCUGGUCCUCGAUCUCCACCCAGCCCCCUGCCCCCAGACCUUCCAGCUGGGACGGGCGAUGGUGGCCAAGGCCAGCCCCACAGUGGACACCUUCCGGCCUGGCUUUGACGUGGCCCUCCCGCUUCUCCCUGAAGCCCACCCAUUGCGAGGUGGGGCACCUGGCCGGCUGCGACAGCACAGCCCCCACCCCGGGGUGCCCCUGCUAGCCCUGGCAGAGGAGAGGGGCGGGUGGCGCACAGCAGGCACUGACCCCUCUGCCUGUCCCUGGGAUGGGCGCUGUGAGCAGGACCGUGGACCCGAGCAGAGCCACCCUGGGGGAACGCUACCCAAUGCCACCUUCUGCCUCAUCCCCGGCCACCGUCCUGAUGCCUUGCACUUCCUUCAAGCCCUGCAGGCUGGCUGCAUCCCUGUGCUUCUCAGCCCUCGGUGGGAGCUGCCCUUCUCCGAGGUCAUCGAUUGGACCAAGGCGGCCAUUGUAGCUGAUGAGAGGCUCCCAUUUCAGGUCCUCGCUGCCCUCCAGGAGAUGCCCCUCACGCGGGUCCUUGCCCUGCGUCAGCAGACCCAGUUUCUAUGGGAUGCCUACUUCUCCUCAGUGGAGAAGGUCACGCAUACCACUCUGGAGAUUAUUCAGGACCGGAUCUUUGGAGCAUCUGCUCACGCCUCGCUACUGUGGAACAGCCCCCCGGGUGCACUCCUGGCCUUGCCCACUUUUUCCACAAGCCCCUCGGACUUCCCCUUCUACCACCUACAACGGGGCUCGCGCCCUGUGGGCAGGUUCAGCGCCCUGAUCUGGGUGGGGGCCCCAGGUCAGCCCCCUCUGAAGCUCAUCCAGGCGGUGGCAGGCUCCCAGAACUGUGCCCAGAUCUUGGUUCUCUGGAGCAGUGAGAAACCACCCCCAUCCAGGUGGCCUGAGACAGCAGUGCCCUUGACAGUCAUGGAUGGGCAGAGGAAGGUCAGUGACCGCUUCUUGCCGCACAGAGCCAUCAGCACGGAUGCCAUCCUCAGCCUCGAUGGGCACAGCAGUGUUACCACAAGUGAGGUGGACUUUGCUUUUCUGGUAUGGCAGAGCUUCCCCGAGCGGAUGGUGGGCUUUCUGACGUGGAACCACUUCUGGGAUGAGGCCCAGGGUGGCUGGGGCUACACUGCUGAGAGGGCCAACGAGUUCUCCAUGGUUCUCACGUCAGCUGCCUUCUACCACAGGUAUUACCACACCCUCUUCACCCACUCCCUGCCCAAGGCUCUGAGAACCCUGGCCGAUGAAGCACCCACCUGUGUGGACAUCCUGAUGAACUUCCUGGUAGCAGCAGUCACCAAGCUGCCCCCUAUCAAGGUGCCCUAUGGGAAGCAGCAUCUUGAGGCCACACCUCCACUGGUGCCUGGGGGUCCGGAGCCACAGCCGACAGCCCGAGACUGCAUCAACCAGAUGGCUGCAGGUUUCGGCUACAUGCCCCUGGUUUCCUCUCGCCUGCGUCUGGACCCAGUGCUUUUCAAGGACCCGGUGUCCGUGCUGCGCAAGAAGUAUCGCAGCCUGGAGAAGCCCUAGGAGCGGUCAGAGGAGCCCCCAGCCCUGCUCCCACCCGACGCCGCGCCUGCUCAGGGCGGGGGAGGCGGUGCCUCAGCUCCCUCCCUUGGAACAACUGGAGACCCAAUCAAGGCAGCCAGUUAGCUAACACGUCAGAUCUCUCUUGGCCAAUCACAGCCCUAGCGUCCCAAGGCGCGGGACCCCGCCCCACCCUCCAGCCCGGCUGCGAGUGGCAGGCCCCAGGUGCAAGGCGCUUGCCCUGCUGCGGCGCCUCUGCCAUCGCUGACCCCUUGCCUGGAAUGCCUUUCUCGGCUUCUGCGGAACUGACUUCUACUUGUCUUUCAGAUCUUCGCCUUCUCCAUGGAUUUGACUGACCCCCAUCCCUGACCCGGAUCCUCUGAGCUUUCACAGCCGGGUGUUUCCCACACUGUUCGCGCGGCUUUGCAAGGUACACGGUCAGGCCCCAGGACUAGCCUGGGAGCCCCGGCCAUGUCCUCUUCUCUCUGGCUUGGCAAGUGUUACACCAAUAUUUGACGAACAGAUAAAAGAGACAUCAACUGCGUGCCUGGCCCUGUG